AUACCUCUUUCCGGUUCCCGUUUCUCUUUUGCUACAUACAUUCUCAUCGUACUUUCUCAAAUAUUCCUUGUAAAAUAGAUCAUUCUGAAAGUUUAUCGUAUCAAAAAUGAAAAUUUAUGGCGUCUAUAUAAUUAAUAGGGCGGGUGGUUUAAUAUUUUCCCGUGAUGCCAGUCCAAAAAUUGAAGUUGAAAAGACAUUUAGCUAUCCGAUUGAUAUUAAAUUCAAGUCUUAUGACGAAAAAAUUGUUGUUGCUUUUGGUCAAAGAGACGGAAUCAAAGUGGGUCACGUAGUAUUAUCCAUAAACGGCGUUGACACCGGAUUUCAGGAUGAGGGGAGGUCAUAUAAUAUGACCAAGCUUAAAGAUGGUAGAGAAAUAUUAAAGAUACUCGACGAUGAAUCCUCCUAUCCCUUGAGUAUUAAAUUUGGACGAUUACGCAUGACUGCCAACGAAAAGAUAAUGCUACUUAGUAUGUUCCACUCAAUUUUUGCAAUGUCAGUUCAAUUAUCUCCAGUUCCAAGGAGUUCUGGUAUUGAAGUAUUAGAGGCUGAUACGUUUAAAUUACACUGCUUCCAAACCCUUACUGGUAUAAAAUUAAUUGUGAUAACCGAUCCCCGGUGUUCAGAUAUGAACAUAUUCCUCAAGAAAUUAUAUGAACUAUACGCGGACUAUGCACUUAAAAAUCCAUUCUAUCAGAAUGAUAUGCCAAUUAAGUGUCCGCUUUUUGAAGAGAAACUUACUCAAGCAAUCGAUACAAGUGAAAGAAUUUCAAACUAA